AUGAAUUAAACAAGAGAUUUGGAAAUUUUAAAUCACUAAUUGAAUAACUAAAAUAAUAAGAUGUCUCUUUAAAUAGAAGUCUUAUCAUAAUAAUUAUACUUACUUCAAAAAUAAAUUCAUUAAUUUCAAGAAAAAGCAGCAGAUUAUGAAAAAUUAAAGGCUGAAAAUAUUAUUCUAAAAAAAGACAUUAUGUAUUUAUAAGAACAAAUUUAAUCACAAGAAUCAGAAUAAUUAUUAGUUCAAGAAAGUAAGUUCAACCUUCAAAUUGAGGAAAUGUAAAAAAGACAUAAAAAACAAAUAUAAGACUUAAAAACUUUAUAUGAGGAUAAAAUUAUAUCCUUAUAGAAAGAAAAGUCUUCUAUGUAAGAUUAGGCUAUGUAAAUGGGAGUGUCAAAUUAAGCAUCAAAAACUUUGGAAUAGUAAGCUGCUAAAAUAAUACAAAUAAGUCAUAAGUUAGAGUAAUUAUUUUUAAUAACUCAGAAAAACAUUGUCUGAUCUUCCAUCUCAAAGUCCUAGUCAUGGACAUAUUGGAAUAUCUAAAGAAAUGUAUGAUUAAAUGUUGGAAUAACUAAAAAGUAAAUCCUCAAAAAAUAUUAUCUUGGAAAAAAUACCAGAUUAACAAAAUUUGUAAAAUACAUUACAUAUAAUUUUAGUUCUCAGAGAUACAAAAAGUCAUCCAUAACCAACAUUAAAAAGGAAAACAAUUUUAGUGUCAAAAGAAUUUUACAUUACAGUAAACCAUAAGACUCUCCAAGAACAUAAAAUUCUAUAAAUGCUCUCACAAUUAGUACAUUAACUAAGAAGUCUUGA